AUGGCAACGAACGCGAGCUUGGCCGUAGAUAAAUUGAAUGAUUUCAACUACGAGCUCUGGAAAUUUCGUAUGGAGCUGGUGCUUUUGAAAGAGGGAGUGAGAAACGUUGUCGAUGAGGAGAAGCCGGAAGUCCCUAACUCGUCCUGGAUCUAUAGAGAUGGCAAGGCUCGGGCUCUGAUCGGUCUCUCAAUUGAUGAUGGCCAAACAUGCCACGUCAUGCAUGCUGCCACAGCUCGCGAAAUGUGGUUGUCACUGAAGAACUACCAUGCCUGGUCAUCGCUUGCCACGAGAAUACAUGUUUUGCGGAAGCUCUUCCGAAUGUACUUACCGGAAGAUGGAAAUAUGGCCGAUAAUUUGGCGCAAAUCACGCAACUGGCCAACCGGCUGUUAAACAUGGGAGAUCCGCUGAAACAUUACUGGUUAGUUGCCAUCAUCCUGUCAAGUCUGAACGAGUCAUAUGACAGUCUGAUCAAAGUCCGGUGGAAGUGCUAG